GAGGGCCGGAGAUCCAUCAACCAUCGCCCUUCCCCUCCCCACUCCCUCAGAGACAGGCCUCCCCAGGUCUAUCUCGAGCGCAGGCUUGAGAUAGAAACGUAGAAACUUUAUUUUCUUCCUUGUUCUUCCACCUUUUACCUCCAGAAUUUAGAUAGUUUCCUACACUCUAGAUCGUUCCCCCUCACCUCAAUCAAAAAUUUAUUCAAAGUUUGGAUUCCGAUUUUGCUUCAUCGUCAUCUGAGUGUAGCUUUCUGAGUUGUCUUUUCUGAAAACUUUAUAAAAAAACCUCGAAUCAUUCAAAAGGUGUCGGGCUUCUACUGACAGGAACAAAAAAUACCAGAAAAAACAGCGGACCAAGACUCGCGCACACGCUGUGCAUGUCCCUGCGGUAGCUGGAACAUGGCCUCGAGGUGGCUCCUGUGCAUCAUUGGAGUGGUGGUCCUUGCUUCUUCUACCGCCGAGGCUCAAUUGUCACCGACCUUCUACAACUCCAAAUGCCCCAAGGGAGUGGCUAAAGUCGCUGAAGUUGUCAAAGCCGCCGUCGCAAAGGACAGGACUCUUGCACCUGCUCUUCUACGACUCCACUUCCAUGAUUGCUUUGUGCAGGGUUGCGAUGCUUCUGUGCUUUUAGACUCCAAAGCGGGAGUGUCGGGAGAGAAAGACGCUUUCGGAAAUAAAAAUUCUCUCAGAGGGUUCGAAGUGAUUGACAGCGUCAAAACGCAAGUCGAAGCUCUGUGCCCUGGGGUUGUCUCCUGCUCUGAUAUCCUGACUCUCGCUGCCCGAGAUGCCAUGCAAGCGUUUGGAGGAUUGAAUUAUACUGUCUCGCUGGGUCGAAGAGAUGGAUUAUCCAGUUCCGUCAAACUAGCCAACGAGGACUUGCCCCCACCUUCUUUCAAUUUCGAUUCUUUAGUGAGCCUCUUCAACAGGAAAGGAUUUUCCAUGAAGGAGAUGGUCACUCUGUCUGGUUCUCAUACCAUCGGAGUCGCUCACUGCUCUAAUAUACAAAGCCGUCUGUACAAUUUCUCGAAGACAGCCCCGACAGACCCGUCCAUCGAUCCGGCGUUCGCUGCGUCCCUCAAGAAGCAGUGCAAGUUCGGGGACACGAAAACUACCAUCAAAAUGGACCAAUCAAGCACCAAGGACACUUGGGACCAGAACUUCUACUCGAACGUGCUCAAGGGCAAGGUUCUGUUCCAGUCCGACGACGCCACGAAGCGGAACUCGCAGGGUCUCAAGAUCGUGCAAAACUACAACAAGAAAGGCUCUCCGUUCAGCUCGGAUUUCGCAGCUGCCAUGGUGAAACUGGGCAAUCUGGACGUGCUCACGGGCAGCAAGGGCCAGAUCCGGAGAAAGUGCAACGUCGUGAACUAGUAGCUAGGUUCGGUAGAUUAGAUUUAUCAUCGACGUGCACGGUGUCGGAUCUAGAUCGAGUUGACUGGAGCUCCAACCAAAUCAAAUCCAAUGCAUUCGAAAGCGGUUAGCUCAAGGACACCUACAACUUCAGAGGACAUGGAUCAGCGCUUCCGGUUGCGAGCAAUCGAUCGACAGUCCAUCCCUUCAUUACUUCACAGGCCAGAAACCUCACACGAUUUCAAGUUACUCUCACGGCAUGGGCGAGAGCUGAAUUCAGCACGGCCUCGAGCUUCUCGAGCCUCUCGCGCUCCGAGAGCGAUCGGCCGCCCCAAGGCCCAAGCCUUCAUGGGUCUCAGCGCAUGCCGCCGGCUCCAUAGAAUUGUACACAGUCGCCAUCCGGACCCAGUUUAUGGUCCGGACAUUCUUUGCGCUGCUUGAUGAUCGGAUCCGUUCAUUACGAGGUCGUGAAAGCAGCGGCAGCUCAGCCAGAUUAAUCAACCGCUCGGGAUCCGCCUAAUUUCAGGAUCACAGCACCCUUAAUCAAUCAGACACGCUCACGCACCGACUAGAAUCGCUAGCUCGUGCUCACGGAGCUGCUCCGAAUUUCGCAGCUCCCUUAAAAGUUAACCCCACUCCAUGGUUCCCAUUGUGCGAAGUGUCCCGUACGGGAGCUAAGAAAUAAUACCGGACUCUACCUCUAGAGAUCUGAAGCUAAUUGCUUUCG